AGACGAUGACAUCUCCAAAGUUUCUCUUGUAUCUGGCCUUUUUCUUCUUGGGAGAAAUGGCUCAUAUGUCUGUUCAGGAAUUGUCAUCUGUUCGUCAAGAGAGACGUUUUGUAUCAGCUAGUGUUGGAGACAAGGUAACUCUGGGAUGUUUCUGUGAAGGUGAAGCUGCAUGGCUGUACUGGUAUAAGCAAACUCUGGGACAGAAACCAAGACUCAUCUCAACCUUCUAUAUGUAUGGUAUAAGAAUCACUUUUUAUAAUGAAUUUAAGAACAAUUCACGCUUCACAUUGGAUCCUAAAGACAACAACUUGACAAUUUUUGAUUUAAACAUCUCAGACUCGGCUACUUACUACUGUGCAACUAGCAAUGCAGUUGUCUUGGACUUUGCAGAGGGCACUAUUAUCAAUGUAAAAGGUUCAGGUUUGAAGGACCCAGCUUGGGUCCAUCAGUCAGCAUCUGAGAACAUCCAGCCAGGAGGCUCUGUGACUCUGGACUGUACAAUACACACUGGGACCUGUGAUGGAGAACACAGUGUUUACUGGUUCAAGAACUCUGAAGAAUCUCAGCCAGGACUCAUUUACACCCAUGGAGGCAGGAAUGAUCAGUGUGAGAGGAAAAACAACACACAAACACACACCUGUGUCUACAAGCUGCCGAUAAAGAGUCUGAAUCUUUCUCAUGCUGGGACCUACUACUGUGCUGUUGCCUCAUGUGGACACAUUCUGUUUGGAAACGGGACCAAGCUGGAGUUAGAAGAUAAGGUGUACUCUCCUGUCUUGGUGUAUUUCUUGAGUGGAACUUCGACAUUCACCACCAUCCUGAGUGUUUUACUGGCUUUCUUAAUGUGUAUGAUGAACAACAGAAACCACUGCCUGUGUGCAGAUUCCUCCGAAACAAAGAUGAACGCAUCAAAGACACAGAGAGACGACACCUGGACUGAAUGUGUGUACUUUAGUGUGAAGCAGUAGAGCUGGCCAUGUUUUAUCUCUGUCUCUGGGUAAUACAUGAUGACCACAUUUGUCUCACUUAGUAUAGUAAUAUAUGUAAUAGUGUAAUGUAGCGGUUUUGUAAAACGAUUUAUACAUUUUAACUCUGUAUUGCUAAAGCCUUACCUUGCAGUAAUCUCAUUAAACAAGCUUUUCUUAAGACAUAACAUGUAUCUCACUAUAUCUCUACAUCAUUGUGUGUGCAAAUGAAUACGGUUUGUUCAAAUUUGAUAAUGGCUAAUGUGACACUUUGUAUCAGGGCUCUGCAAUUAAUCCAAUUUUGAUCGCAAUUUCAGCUCCAACGAUUACAAAGUUAUACUGUUUUUUUAAGGGGAAUUCAAAAGUUCAAUGGGAAAGGUAUUAAGGGAAA